CAGUCUCUUCAACCAGGAAGGCGCUAUAUAAAGCAACACACUGCAGUGGUAAGUCGAUAGUUCUAGUUAUACCUUGGUCUUACGCUCACUCAAAAGUAAAAUGGAUCUAGCGAAAUUAAUAAUAUUAUUCUGCUGCACAACCAUUUGUUUGGCGUCCCAUCAUACUCACGUGAUACCCGUAGAGGGGUACGAAACGGAACUCCAGGAUCUCGGGCAACACGUCGAAAUACCAGAAACACCUGUAAAAGUGGUGAAGAUUACGAAAACGAUAGCAGUGAAAAUUCCAGUUCCAUACCCGGUGAAGGUCGUCGAGAAAGUGCCUUACCCGGUGCACGUUAACAAACCUUAUCCAGUGCCGGUGCCGCAAAUUAUCAAAGUUCCGGUAGCGCACCAUUCUCACGGACAAGAGGCGCUUGACGUCAACCACGGUAAUCAAUUUCAGGAUCGCCAACAUAACGAGAAUUCUUACCACGUGCAAGAACAACCCAGUGGCGCACAAGAAGAAUCAUACGAUGGGUCAGCAAAUCAAUCGUAUGAAGGAGGCAAUAACGGCAACAGUUACAGUGCCCCGAAUGACGGAGACUAUUCUGCAGAAGGGUCGCCUGGAUAUAGCCAACAACCUCAAGACUUUCAUGGAUCUGCCGCCGAUCUAGAUGGACACAAUUCUUUUGAGUCUAAAAGUUACGACUUGGCUAUUCAGAACUAUCUGAACAAUUUAAAGCCAAACGGCAAUUACGCCGGUCAAGGUAUGUAUCAUUAAUAUGAACAUGAGACAGAUAGGCCAUAGGUUUUUUGAGCAACAAAAUCUAUGUCAUCAAGUUUUGUGUGCGAUGCGUGGUGACAAUGUCUUAGACGCUUGUUUAAUUCAGGUGACCUAUGUUUUUGUAAAUAUUUCUUAGUACCAGACAGCCAUAGAAUACUAAUGAGGAAUGAUGUAUAAUUUCUUACAUAAUUAUCCAUGUAAUAAGUAUGUACAACUGGUAGAUUAGUUAAUUGUUAUUAUGAAUGUGACAGUACAUUGUUGAAGUUUUUGAUUGAUCAACUGUGAUUGUUAAAAUGUUGUCGCAAGAGAUAUGGUUACAACAUCUUGUUUAUUUAAACUAACUAGGUAUUAUGACUGUGUUGAUGUUGUUUUUGUCGUGUGCGAAUUCUGUUACUAGAUGUGUAGGAAGUGUUUUGUAAUAUUGUUAAUUUUGUAAUAAAAUAAUUUAUUAAAUAAAAUUACUUGAUACAU